AAUUUGCCUUCCAUGUAUGAUUGACUAUUCACUUAGUAAUGGUUCGAUAUAUAUAUAUAUAUAUAUAUUUAUAUAUAGCUUAAUGUUUUAAGAAGGGAUCUUUUCACUUAUUAUGAGAAGAAUUCAUGAAAAGGAAAGGUUUUUUAAAUAAUAGCAACGCAAGUCUCAAAUAUUGAGAACACCGCUAUACAAGGCAAGUUUCAACGGAUCAAUCUUGGCGUUCUAUGUUUUGAAGAUCAAAGUAAAAAUCAUGUGAUCUGAGCUUGACCGAGAGAAAAAAGUUGAGAUAUUAGUUGAUUUCCAUCGAAGCAUCCAAGUAGACCAAGUGUCUGGAUCAGCUCAAUCAAGAGUUCUAGACGUAGUCUUAUUUUCAAUUUCUUCUUUUGUAAUGGGUUUUGAGGAUUAGUUAUUGAUAGCUUCCUCAAUCUGGGUUGGUACGUGUGUAGUAACCCUUUAAUCAUAAAUUAAAGGUUAACACGUUUUACUAAUAUCAUAAAUGAGCUCUCAACCCUAGGAAAUGAUAUUUAUGUUGAAUAUCAAGGAAGGAAAAUAAUGAGAAGUUUACCCUCUGCAUGGAAGCCUAAACCUAAAGCUAUAGAAGAAGCCAAAGAUCUAUCAACAAUGACUCUAGAAGAUUUGACAGGCUCACUCAUGACAUAUGAGUUAGGACUACAAGAAGAGCAAGAUGAUGAAAAUGUAAGAAGAGAAAGGGGAAUAGCUCUAAAAUCGCAAGGGGAGGAAGAGGUAUCCGAGAGUGAAUCUGAGGAUGAAAUGAGCAUGUUCCAAAAGCAGUUCGGGAAGAUGUACCGACACUUCAAAAGCAACAGGAACAAACAAGAUUUGGUGGUUGAGGCACCAGCGGUCCACAGGCUGCCACGUCAGUAUAGCCACCUGCCGAUUGGCGGGUAUAAAUAGAAGCAUUUAUUUCAUUGUAAAGGGUUGGC